AGCUGCCUUCCUGCCCCUGCUGAGGGCGGGGUACCGGCAGGUGGCACAGGUGAGACCCCAAAAUACACCCAGAGCUGCCUUCCUGCCCCUGCUGAGAACGGGGUACAGACAGGUGGCACAGGGUUUGCUGUCAGAGACCUUCCUGGAGGGGCACCACGUGGCCAAGGUGAACAAGAGUGAGGAGGAGGAGGGUGAGGGGGCGGAGCUGAGCCCCGAGGAGCUGCAGGAGAUCCUGGGCACCGGGGGGGAUUUCUACGGGCGCCUGGCCGCCUCCAUCGCCCCCGAGAUCUUCGGGCACGAGGAUGUGAAGAAGUCGCUGCUGCUGCUGCUGGCGGGGGGUGUGGAGAGGAGCCCGCGCGGGAUGCGCAUCCGCGGGAACAUCAACAUCUGCCUGAUGGGGGACCCGGGCGUGGCCAAGUCGCAGCUGCUGACGUACAUCGACCGCCUGGCGCCGCGCAGCCAGUACACCACAGGCCGUGGCUCCUCAGGCGUGGGCCUGACCGCAGCCGUCCUGCGGGACCCUCGCAGCGGGGAGCUGGUGCUGGAGGGCGGCGCCCUGGUCCUGGCCGACCGCGGCGUUUGCUGCAUCGACGAGUUCGACAAGAUGGCCGAGGGCGACCGCGUGGCCGUGCACGAGGCGCUGGAGCAGCAGAGCGUGGCCGUGGCCAAGGCGGGCGUGGUGGCCACGCUGAACGCGCGCUGCGCCGUGCUGGCCGCCGCCAACCCCGCCUUCGGCCGCUUCGACCCCCGCCGCAGCCUGGAGCACAACCUGCAGCUGCCGGCGGCGCUGCUGUCGCGCUUCGACCUGCUCUGGCUGCUGCAGGACCGGCCCCAGAGGGACAGGGACCUCAG